AAUCGUAUGAUUGCUGACUUCAGUCAGACACGAACCUUCGAUCUAAGCUGCUUCGAGUGAAAAAAAAAAAAAUUAAACAAAAAACACCAACAUGGCCGAUCGGGAUUUUCAAGAAAAGCUUCAGCAGUUAAGAUGUAAGGUCAAACAAGGGUGUCUUUUCCACUGCCAGAAAGAAAUGGAGAAACGAGCUCGUGCUGAACUUGAGCGUAAAAAGGCCACACUGAUUGAUAAGAAGACCAAAUAUUUACUUUUGAAGCUGCAGAAUGAUCUGCUCGAUGUCGAGCUAGAUCUAAAGGGCAGACUUAGAGCCAAGGAAAGUGCCCGGGGGGCGCAUUACUGGAGCAAAAUCGAAAAGGAGGUGGAUGACAAGAUCAAAAGAAUGGAUGGUGCACUUAGUGAAUUGGAUGCUGAAAAACGAGACGAAAGUAACAUGAUCGUGAAUUUCUUUAAUUGGGUUAAAGAUAUCCCGAAAAAUUUCAGCGACGAAGUGUUGAGCCAAAAAGUGGUCGACCUUCAGCAGAAGGGGGAAGAGACGAAAAAGUGCAUUCAGGAACUUGAAAAACAGAAGGAAGAAGUACGUGCAGAAACGGCGGCAGAAUUAGCGAUAAAGCAAGAGCGAAAUGACACUUUGGAUGCCUUUUCCAAAGACGUGAAGACUGCCAUCGUCCAAAUUGAGGCCGAAUUACGCCGUCGCAAAGUACAGAAAUAAAAUGUCGCAUACCGCGACCACAUCCAUUCAUAUAACCAGCUCCGAGACGAAUUUAUUAUUUUCUGUUUUGAUUUUUUUGUGAUAUUUGAAGGUUUCUUUUGUUAAAAAUUUUAUUUUCCGACAAGUUUGAAUUGUUCCAGGUUCAGUGGACAUACAGUUACCAAAAAUAAACUGUUUUCGAAAUGUCCUAA